UCAUAAAAGAAGACGUUCUGCAGAUCUGGAAGCAGUUCACUUUGUACGUGCAAAGAACUUAGAGCUGACUAACAUCAUGAAGCUGUACAUUUUUACAUUAUUUGGUGUUUUGUUAUGUUGGAGCAAUGCUGAUGUAUAUUUUCACAAUCCUAGAGGUUCAAAUAACCGACUGAACGAAGCAACUACGGCACGAACGAAUGCCAACAGAUUGUUUAACUCUGAGAACAACAAUAACGGAGGCUAUAAUGUCGGUGAUCAAAAUCAAAAAUCGAGCACUGAAAGUACACAAUUUUAUAUGCACUAUUUUCAAAGUAGUAAAUCCCAUCACAACUCUGGUAUGGCAGGAAAAUCUCUUUUUACAGUUGAAUGGACGAAUCAACAUGGUUGUGGUGACCGAGAUUUAAACUGUAAUAUAGUUCUUCAAUACAAAUGUCAAGAUGAGACAAAAUACGAAGCACUAAGUUAUCAUUCUAUGAGAAAUGGGCGACAAACGAACACACUCCCGUAUAUUAAACGAACCUUUCACAGCCGAUCAAGCAAGAACUCUAGAAUGCAGGCAGACUCCCAACCUUACAGAGGUCUCCACGAACCUUGGGAGUGGUACGAUAAAUGUAACAAAAGGCAACGUAAUUAUGGAUUAUUCACUGCUGACCAAAAGCUAAAUGGUCAACAAAGUAUUUAUACUCGUCAAAAUUCAAACGGUGCUCGUUAUGGUUAUGAAUGUCCUGAAGAACGUGAUUAUUACCCAUAUUGGCAUCCCACAGACUGGACUGAUAUUGCUGUUCUUGCUUAUAAUGAAUCUAUGUGUGAAUAUUAUAAAAAAGAAAGCUUCAAUGUUAAAGAAAAAGGUGAAUGUCUUCAGUACUACAGUACAAAGUCAAAUGGCUUUCGUCACUAUUCCAUUUACAACAACAAAGUCGACUGUAAUAAGAAUAAAGGUUUUUGGAUUCCAUUCAGCAAUUAUCUUGAAGAGUAUCCCAAAUAUCAAACGAAAACCACGUGCUUAGCAGCAAGUUCAAAAAAUCUACGUCUUAUCUGGGCGAUUCCUUAUCGCUCUGAAAAUAUUGACAAUUUGAAAAUGGUUGGUGAUAAUAUUGAAUCUUUGAAACGGUGUUUGGUAGCUUUAGAUCCACCAGAAUGUUAUAAAGCUCCCUAUACAAGAAGUAAUCAUUUAGGAAAUGCAAAAAAUGUCGUUCCUCUUCGCUACAACUGGGUUCUUCCAUAUUUUCCAUCAGGUCAUGCUCAAAGAUGUGUUUUAAGGAUAAGGUAUAACAUUUCUACUGGUGAUUAUCCUCCAUUCAACACAUUCAGUAAUGAGAACAAUAACCCAAGCAACAACGUAUACUCUCCUGUGCAAAAUAAUCCAAAGAUUAAGGUUGGACGAGUACAAUUACCAUUGCAACUUGCAAUUAACACGGCUCAAUUUGGACGCACUUUUCAAGAUCGAUCUCAUAUAUUUAAACUGUUACCACGACCUAAUGCCGUUAAAGAUGAUGACGUCAUUUAUAAUCUGAACGUCCGUGGUAAACGUGGUAACGCAGAACAAACUUAUCCAGCAGUGGAAUAUGACUUUAUUCCCAAACGACUUCACAUAAAUAGCAAAGAUCUUGUUCACAUCCAAUGGACAGGUUCAAAUACAAACCCUUCUGGCAAUGCUGGACAAGGCACUGCAGGUACUGAUCGAAACAAUAUGGUGGAAAUGCAAGACCCUUCAGUGAAUUAUCCACUCACGUCUGAGAAACCAUUAACAAUGUUUGAAAAUGCUGAAAUCGUCUGGUCCAGUGAUAUAGAGACUAAGACAAAAGAAGAUCUUGUUUUAAGUAUGGCUUCUUCUGGUUACUACAACAGCAUGUCACUUUGUCAAGCAUCACCAAAGAAAACUGCUCUUAAUGAAUUACUGAAUAACGCUCCAGCCUCAUAUCGUGGUAUGUUGCUCAGGUUUGCACCUGGAGAAUAUUACUACAUGUGCACCAGGAAUAAUAAUUUCAGUAACAGAAAUCAAAAGGGAAGACUAAUUGUCAAAAAAGUUGGCAAAGCUGCAUAAACAUGACUGAAAAACACGACGAGGAGUGAUUCUGGUGAUUUUCUAAGUUACUUUUACUACAUUAAUUCAAAACUAACAUUGAUAGUUUCAUUAUUCAUUUAAUAAAUAGUAAAUUGUAUCUUUUUUACUGCUAGCCUAGAUAUGACUAAGUAUGUUUGAAUAAAUCAUUGAUUUAAUGAAUAA